UCUCAGACCAUUGUUGUUGUGACUGCCGUCCGGAGAGCAGCAGAGUGCUGUAGGAGGACUGGUGUGUGACGGACGCAGUCGCUCCUCUCUCUCUCUGCUGUAGAAGUUAAACGGACUGAGGAGGCUGAGCUCCACAUUUGAGCGGCAGAGCUCCGAUCUCACCGGGAUAAACUCACCGAGGAGAGGAGAAGUUGCAGAAGCGCUGCGUAAAGACGCACGUAAAGAGUGAUCCAAGACUACAGUUUAACCGAGUAACCCGUCUUUAUCUAUAUCAGUCUCUUUCUCGCGCCACAUCGGAUCUUUUUCAACAUUUUCAGAGUGAGAAAGGACAGGUUUUUUUUCUCGCGCAAAUCCACUUUCUCGCUCCGUGUUUGGUUUUCUUUCUCUCCAUGGAUUUAGCGUUCUGAGCGGCCGGCUGCAGUGGACUUUGCCCAGGGGAUCACAGCUCUUUCCUCCGGUCACCAGGAGAAACCUGGCAGCUGUGGUUCAUGUUCCAGGGGGCUGUUUUUGAUGGAUUUAUAAGUUCGAUUUAGUUUUCAGCCGGAUAACCAACAGCAGAGACCCGCUCAUAGACUGCUUUGGAAAAGGAUACAGCGGAGCUCCAAAUGAGGAUUUCAAUAUUCACUCGUAUCGACUGGGACAAGGAGUGAUUUCCCCCUGGUGCCAGUCAUCAUUGCGAGAACAGACCGGGAGGAAAGGAUCCAAAUUUAGAGACAUUGUGGUUUUAUGAAGUUUCCAAUGCCAGGGACCGGAGUGUGAGGCCACACCGGCGUGCAUUUCUACCUUUUACCCAUAAGACACAUGCAUCACGUCAAGAAGAUGGCAAGGGUCUGCACGUUCUGCGUUCUCUUGCUCUGUUUGAUGGACAGAGUCUCAGCCAAGGGCAUCGACGAAGGAAGAACUAAAGAUCUUCGGGUCUCCAGGCCUCUGAUCGUGCCAGGUUACCCAGAAAACACCACAGGGGUGGUGGGUGGUCAGGCGAAGCUGCUGUGUAAAGUCCACCGGCCGGUGAACACCAAGGUGCAGUGGCUGAAGACGGAGGUCAGCGCACUGAGAAAGAGCCAGGGAGGACCGCCUCGCCUCAGGGCUCUGACGGCUCUGCAGAGCAACUCGUCCAAGGUGAACACUUUGCAUCUGUCCAACAUCACUCUGGAGGAUGCAGGAGAGUACAUCUGCAUGGCCGAGAGCACCCACGCAGGACAGACAAUACAGGCCAUGCAGUCGGCGUGGCUGGAGGUCCUGCCAGGUACCAUCAUUUCCCAAACUGUGGACCUGACUGCUGCUGAAAUCCCCCCAGAUGUUCUUGAGGACCUGAGUGAAGACACCACAGAACAUCUUCUGUUAGAGCCAGGCAACGUCCUGAAACUGCGCUGUGACAUGAGCACCCAACCUGGCAUGGCGGUGAACUGGUACAAGGAGGGAAACCGAGUUCUGCCCACGCCCCGCAUCCAGAUCCGCGGCGCCAUCAUGGAGAUCACAGACGUAACAUACGAAGAUUCAGGCAUUUAUGUUUGUGUUCUCCGGGGAACCAAAGAGCCUAUGAGGAACUUCACCAUCACUGUGGCAGACUCGUUGGGGUCAGGGGAUGAUGAUGAGGACAAUGGUUUGGAGGACUCAUCAGCUGAGAUCGAAAACGACCAGGUUUACUUCUCCAGAGGUCCCUACUGGACCCACACCCAGCGUAUGGAGAAGAAGCUGUAUGCUGUUCCAGCAGGCAACACGGUGAAGUUUCGUUGCCCGGCCAUGGGCAGCCCCAUGCCAAGCAUCCGCUGGCUCAAAAAUGGACGUGAAUUUAGAGGAGAACAUCGCAUCGGGGGCAUCAAGCUGAGACACCAGCACUGGAGUCUGGUGAUGGAGAGCGUCGUGCCUUCAGACAGAGGAAACUACACCUGCGUGGUGGAGAACAAGUAUGGCUCCAUCGCUCACAGCUACGUCCUCGAUGUCCUGGAGCGUUCCCCACACAGGCCCAUCCUGCAGGCUGGUCUACCAGCCAACACUACAGCAGUGGUGGGCAGCGACGUCCAGUUCCACUGUAAGGUUUACAGUGACGCCCAGCCUCACAUUCAGUGGCUCAAACACAUAGAAAGGAAUGGCAGCCGCUACGGUCCUGAUGGGACGCCCUACGUUCGGGUCCUUAAGACCGGCAGUUUGAACAUGUCAGAGGUGGAGGUGCUCUACUUGGUCGAAGUUACCAUGGAGGAUGCAGGAGAGUACACCUGUCUGGCUGGAAAUUCAAUUGGAUUUGCUCACCAGUCCGCCUGGCUCACCGUCCUCUCAGAAGAGGAAGCAGCAGACACUAUGGACACCAUGGAGACCAAGUACACCGACAUCAUCAUCUACGCCUGUGGUUUCCUGGCUUUGAUCAUGGCCAUCAUCAUCGUGGUGUUGUGUCGAAUGCAGGUACACCCCAGAAGAGAGCCGUUUGACGCCCUCCCUGUCCAGAAGCUCUCCAAGUUUCCUCUUCGCCGACAGUACUCAGUGGAGUCCAAUUCGUCAGGGAAGUCCAGUGCAUCACUGAUGAGGGUGGCUCGCCUCUCAUCCAGCUGCUCUCCCAUGCUGGCUGGAGUCAUGGAGUUUGAAUUGCCCUAUGACCCGGACUGGGAGUUCCCGAGGGAGAAUUUAACAUUGGGCAAACCUCUAGGAGAAGGCUGCUUCGGUCAAGUGGUCAGAGCUGAGGCCUACGGCAUCAACAAGGACUGUCCGGAUCCAGCCACCACUGUGGCGGUUAAGAUGCUCAAAGAUGACGCCACAGACAAAGAUCUGGCAGACCUCAUCUCGGAGAUGGAGCUGAUGAAGGUGAUGGACAAACACAAGAACAUCAUCAACCUGCUUGGAGUCUGCACACAGGAUGGCCCUCUGUAUGUGCUGGUGGAGUACGCCUCUAAAGGCAGUCUGAGGGAGUACCUGCGGGCCCGGCGACCCCCAGGCAUGGAUUACACCUUUGAUGUGACCAAGGUGCCUGAAGAGCAGCUCACCUUCAAAGACCUGCUGUCCUGCGCCUAUCAGGUGGCCAGAGGGAUGGAGUACCUGGCCUCUAAAAGGUGCAUCCACAGAGAUUUGGCAGCCAGAAAUGUUCUGGUGACGGAGGACAACGUGAUGAAGAUUGCGGACUUUGGGUUGGCCAGAGGAGUCCACCAGAUCGACUACUACAAGAAAACCACCAACGGACGGCUGCCGGUGAAGUGGAUGGCACCAGAGGCCUUGUUUGACAGAGUCUACACACACCAGAGUGACGUGUGGUCAUUUGGCGUUCUGAUGUGGGAGAUCUUCACGCUGGGUGGCUCACCAUACCCUGGUAUCCCCGUUGAGGAGCUCUUCAAGCUGCUGAAGGAAGGACACCGCAUGGACAAACCCUCCAACUGCACACAUGAACUCUACAUGAUGAUGCGUGAGUGCUGGCAUGCUGUUCCCACCCAGAGACCCACCUUCAAACAGCUGGUGGAGGAGCUGGACAGAGUGCUGCUGUCCAUCUCUGACGAGUACUUGGACCUGUCGACACCCUUCGAGCAGUACUCCCCGUCAUGCGAGGACACGUCCAGCUCCUGCUCCUCUGACAACGACUCUGUUUUCACGCACGAUGCCUUGUCCACCGACCCCUGCCUCCUGGGCUACCAGGACGUGCGCUCUCGGAUAGACAUGAAGACGGCGCUCCGAUAGACACACAACUAAAGGCACCCACACAUAUACAGACAUGAACACUACAAAGGGGAAACACUACUUGAGAUUCCCAAGUAAUGUAACACAUCUGCUGGCGACCAUAUUGGAGGUUCACAGCUGCAUUUCUAAAGUUAAGUUAAAGUUUUUAUUUUCAUUUCAAGUUUUCCAUUGGCCCCCCAUUAUGGCACCAGCCAAAGCCCUUAGAUAUAGGUAGGCAUUUAUACACGCACAUAAACAUAUACAGACACACAUGUAUGCACGUGGAGCACUGAGGCUGGUGGGCUUCAUUACAUAGUGAUUGAUGGUUUGAAGGAAAACAUUUCAUCGUGGGCAGAAGAACAAGCAGAAAAAAAGAGGACAAACAAAACGUGCUACUUUGGACUAUUAGCUUUGGCACUGUGCCCAAGAACAGUUGUAACGUUGGAAAACUGCGGACGGACAAUGAUCUCCUCACACAAAUUCAACCCAAAACCAGGGCUUGAAACCUGGCUGAUAAAGACAUUUUAACAAAAAAAAAGAUUUAUUUUCCUAUGAUAAAAAAGAAGAAACUGAUUGUUAAAUAUAAAUCUCUUUAUAUAAGAUUAUUUUACUUUUGUGUUGCUUAUUUAAAAAGAAAAGGGUCUUAAAUCUCAGGAUCUCUUGUGCGAAGAAGUUGCUGUAGCAGCAGCAAAGUGCCUGAAUUUAUGAUUUCCUGUGAAUAUAUUAGAAUAUUAAAAUAUUGUAUGUACAUAUCAACAACAGAAAGAUUGAUUGCCUUUUAUAAAUUAUUCUGAAUGACACAAAAUGAAGGUUAUUGGGGGUGAAAGGAGAGAGGAAUUUAAUUAAGUGUGCCAAACCUGUCACAGCUGUCACACUGUCUUUAUGUUCAAGUUUCAUUCCACCAUAUUCAAUUUAGACCAAAUGAUCUUCACCGAUCCCCCAAAUUUACAGAACACAACAUUGGAGUCACUUCCAAAUCACAAACUAACAGUAGAUGCUGUCAAAAAAUUGGUUUACAUCAGCAACUUUUGUAAACAUAUUCCAGACUGUAUUUGGAGUUAUGACCAACUGAGAAACACAAAAUUCUUAUUUCUCAUCGACAACUCAAACCUCAAAUGUAUGUGGUCAAAAAAUUAUGGAUUGGGCCUUUGAAGAUGGCUUAAAAUUUUGGAAUGAAACCCUCCAUUUGUCAUUUUGUAGUAAAUUGCUUCGACCUUCCAGCCCAGGAAAACAAUUUGUGGUUAAAUACCAGAAGGAGCUUGUUGCUGUUGUUGGGGCGAAAACCACCUACAUUUUUUAGAUCUCACAAACUCUAAUGCAUUUCUUAAGUUAUAAAAUGAGUUUUGACAGGUCUCAAAGCACCAAAGGUUAUGAGACGGACUCAUUUUACAUGUAUAAGCAACCAUGUAAACUUUGAGACAGCAUUACGUGGCCUCCUCUAACAACAACUUUACUCUUUCAGUCUUUGCCUACAUGACUGCUUUGUCAGGGACAGUGUGUCCAGGGUGGGACUCGUCCUGAAAGGAGGACUGACGAUUCAGCAUGGGGACUCUGUUGGGGAGCUGGCCCAAGCCCACUGUCACUGCUGACAAGGAGAGGAGGGCAGAGGGGGGGCACUGAAUGUGAAAGCCAGUGUGAUUGAUUUCAAAUAGAGGAGAAGGGGGAGGGACCCUCCUUUGUCUGGCUGUAACCCUUCACCCAGCCCAAUCUGUUGGCGAGGGGUCCUCAGGUCUGCAGCCUGGCCGGACAAUGGAGGCUUUGCAGGCUUAAUGGGUGUGACUACGGACCAGAGGGAGUUUUGGGGGGUGGUGGUAUGGGGUUAGCUUGGGCUUGUGUGCAAAUGAAGAGGCUCUUAUUAUGGUAAUGUCUCCUCUUCUCUCCCAAAUGCCCCUAUCUUUAUCCCCAUAGCUACCAUCUUUUAAAUUACAACUCUUAAUUCAGAUUUGCUACUCCGCCGCUGCUACCAGGACCAGCUGCAGAAAAUUCCCCUGUGGGGUAAAAUGCCGACUGAGUCCCAGUCCACGUCCCAAAUCUGACCACAGACAAAACGAUUGAGACACAAACAAAAUAACCACUGACAGUUGUGUUGAAAGAGAUUUCCACAAAAGAGAUCAAAUUGUAUGAUCAGCUAAUAUGAUAUCUUUCUCCAGAUCUCUGAUCACUCAAAGGCCAGCCCUGUCAAAGACAGUUUGUAAUUGGUCAAUGGUGCAAAUUUGCGUGUCAAAAUUCACCAAAGUUUACCAAACCCGGAAGCACAGCACAAAUUUGCCUACUCUCCACUGAUUGCGGAGAUUCCAUUGUACUUAAUUGAUUUUGAUCUGAAGUUUGUCUGGUGUGACCUUCAGUCUUUUGAAACAAAUGUCAUUUGGCUAAUUUCUGCAUCACCAAUCGUAUUGCUCCAUUGCUCUCUGGUCCUUUUUUUCUUUCAAGUGUUGGAAAGUUUAAAGAAAAACGGAGGGUUUCAUUCCAAAAUGAUUUAAAUUGUGAAUUAAUUGUCAACCAUUUCAUCUAGUUUGCAUUUUAUGCUGUCAGUCAUCUUGUGACAGUUGGUGUCACUGAUGAAUAUCUCAUUUUGGAAUGAAGCUCUUACAUUUACAUACACAAAGUGUCCGGAUACAUUUGCAUCUUUACAUUCCAGUUAUCUGCUCUUCUCUCAGAUACAAACUGUAAACAAUCACAACGUUCUUAAACAUUUCCUCAAGAGAAUUAUUUUAGAAAUAUCUAAUUUAUUUGUUUAUUGUUUUGUUUUUAUAUGAAAUAAAGUAUAAUUUAAAAGCA